AUGGCGCUCCCCCAGAGGACAUUGAAUUGGCUGUGGAGUGUCUUGUCAAAGGAUCACUAUGAUCCACAACAGACCUACCGCGACCCAAAUCGGACCUACCACGAUGUUGUCAAUGCGCUCUCCCAGUACCCCUCGCUCUCCCCUCGAACAGAUGUCUAUACCUAUGAGACAGGUUUCUCGGCCCUCCUCCUUCACCUGGUGGGCACGUUGCCUGUCACCUUCCGAGGAACGACCUACCGAUUUCCCAUUGCGCUUUGGAUUCCAAAUACAUACCCACACGAACCUCCAAUUGCCUACGUGACCCCGACACAGGAAAUGACUGUCCGAGUUGGGCAACAUGUGACGCUGGAGGGACAGGUCUACCAUCAUUAUCUGGCACACUGGGCGGAAGCAUGGGAUAGAUCCACCAUCGCCGAUUUCCUUUCUAUUCUUCAGGAUGUAUUUGCCAAGGAACCCCCUGUUCGAUAUAGACAAGUACAGCCUCAGCCGGAAGCUGCCCAAACACCCCCGCCAUUACCUCCCCUUCCACCCGGUGUCGCAUCUUCGAGACAAGCUCAACCUCUAUCUCCGCCUGCAAGCCAGAACCAGAUUCCACCUCCACCUCCACCGAAGCCAGGUGCAGCUAGCGAGCAUCGGCAACAACGGUAUCCUGCUGAUCCAUAUCGAUCUCCCCCACCGCUACCUCCACUCCCACCAAAAGAGCAAGGCUCUCGUCAAGCAUCUUUAUCCACACAAUUGGCCAGUCCUGGAACCCACCCAUACCAGAAUUAUGCGCCACCAAGCCAAACUGGAGGACCGAUAGGUAGUCCUCGUCCCUUGUCACAGCCACCCCAUCAGCCAGCGGGGCAGCCGAUGCCGCCCCAGUCGACGCAGGGUCAAGCACCGUAUUAUAGAAACAGCGGAGCGCCGAUGCAUCAUGGCCCUGGGUCUAGUAUAUCAACCCAGCUCCCUCAAGCCAACCCAGCGGGGGCGCACUUGCCUCUGCAGCCGCAACUCCCCCAUCAACCACACCAGCAAUCGUCUGGUCCUCCGUAUCCUCAGCAUUCUCCAUACCCAUCCAAUUAUCCCCACCCACCCCCAGCAGCACCAACGAAGGCCGACACACCCGACCUUCUAACCUCGCCAUUUGACGUCGAGCUACCCUCAAUCGCACCCACAGGACCAGCGCCUCCCAUCCCACCAAACCCAGAGAAAGAUGCACUUCUUCAUGCCGUGUCCCGGACCCUGGUGGAAACCCUCCGCGCUAACGCUGCACAGUCCGACACGGCAGCGCAGUCCCUCGUCUCACAAUCACGGUCCCUGCACGCCGCGAUGGCCACGCUGCAGGGGGAGGUCUCGGCGCUUAAUGCUCUCCACACGACCCUGCAGUCCAACACUACUGUCCUACAGCAAUCCAUCCAUCGCGCCGAUGCCACUAUCGCAGACGCACAGUCCCGCUCUACAUCUAUCCCCACUUCUAGCGUUCAUGGAGACACUCCUUCCGGCCUACCCCCCAUCGAUGAUGUCCUGGUUGCCCCCACCGUGGUAGGGAAACAACUAUAUGAUUUGGUCGCCGAGGAGCAAGGCAUACAGCAAGCUCUUUAUGCGUUGCAGGCUGCGCUGGUCCGCGGUGUUAUUGGUGUCGAUUCCUGGUCGCGGCAUACACGAAGUCUCGCACGGGAAGCUCUGCUCAAGCGGGCACUGAUUCGUAAGAUCGGACGUGGAAUGGGGUUAGAUGAGAACGUGACCUGA